CACGCGCGCAGUAGACUAACGCUUUCAUUCCUAUCUUCCCAGAGACCAGCUACGACCCACACACUAUAGGAAACUUCAACGAGCGACCGAUGGCACAGAACGAGUAGGGCAGACAACACCCUCACGAUUUUCUAGCCCUACGGUGUAUGGAAAGUGAUCCUGGAUGGACCUGGGCGAAAACAGCUGGUCCAUGGUCAAGCAAGAAGUGUCCAGCAGCCCAGGGUCACCGGCUGAACAGAGCUACUUACACGGCGGUCAGGACAGGAGGGACAGUCACGGCCACGCGCACGACUCGGAGGGACUCAGGUCACCGCCGACAACCGAUCAACUUGACUUAGUGGGACACCGGCGCGACGAGGGGCCAGGUAGACCAUCUCUACACUCCUACGUUCACUUCGGACACGGACACCAUAACAACAACACUGCCCUGCCCACCACAGAGGACAUCACGCUGUUCACGGAUUUAGACCAGGGCAACAAACUAAUCAUCUCGAGUGGAGCGCACCCGCACCACAAGGGGGGCCUUAUCGUCGAUCCCAGCGACAUGUAUCAAACACUAGCCAUCGCGGCGGCCCACCAGAGCCAGGCGGGGUACGACUCGCCCUCUGGGGGCUAUAUGCACUCCAACCCCAACUCUCCAGUGUAUGUACCGAGCUCCCGGGUGGGACCCAUGAUAUCCAGCCUUCCUUAUUUGCAAGCCAGCGGGUCGGCACAGCCCAGUCAUGCGGUCACAAGCCAUUCAGUCUGGUCGCAGUCUACUCCGGAGAGUCCCUCCUACAGCACCGGGAGUCCUCAUACAUCCAACCGUUUCCAUUACCCUCCAAGCCCGCCAAUGAACAACGUAGCGUCCAGGGAUAACGGCUACAGUAACCCGCUGAAUGUGGGCAGUCGAGACCAGUACGGCCUCCCGCGGUCCCUCGGUGGAUCCUACGCCAGUCCCUACUCCCCGUAUGUUGGACCGCAGCUAUCCCAGUUGUCCUCGCCUUGGCCUGGAGGACCAUUCGAUAACACCAUGUUGCACACUUUGCAAAGCAGAGGUGCGCCCUUGACGAUUCGAGGACCCAAUGGAGAUAUUCUCGACGACCUGGGAGAGAGCAGGGAAUGCGUCAACUGCGGCUCCAUCUCAACGCCGCUUUGGAGACGCGAUGGCACGGGCCACUUUCUUUGCAACGCCUGCGGCCUGUACAGCAAAAUGAAUGGACUCAGUCGGCCAUUAAUUAAACCACAGAAGCGGAUGUCAUCAUCCCGGCGAAUCGGCCUCUCCUGCGCCAACUGUCAGACGAGCACAACCACUUUGUGGCGCAGAAACGCAGAAGGAGAACCGGUCUGCAACGCAUGUGGGCUCUACACAAAAUUACAUGGAGUACCUCGGCCGCUCGCCAUGAAGAAAGAGGGAAUUCAGACGAGGAAAAGAAAACCUAAGACUUUGAACAAAACCAAGGGAUCCUCUGGAAAUAGUAAUUCAGUCGCCAUGACUCCGACGUCGACGUCUUCUUCCAACUCUGAAGACUGCUCGAAGGACAGCUCUCCCAACACGCAGGUCCAGUCCGCUGUCCUGAGUGGCCCAGCGGAUGGCUCAGGCUCUGAUGGCUCUGCCAUCGUGAAGUACCCAGGCCAGGAUAGUCUCUACACCAGCGUGGGCCUUACCCAGUCUCCAGACAUAGCCAGCUCUGUCAGGGGAGAGUCCUGGUGCCCCAUGGCUCUUGCCUGAGUCACGAGCUGGGGAUGGAACCCACCACACUAUCCUCUCUCUCUCUCUCUCUCUCUGGAUGUCCUGCUGCUGCGUGGUGGAAAUAUUCUGUGCCUUGAUGGUUCUGGGUCUGUUUCCUACUUCCCAGCUAACAACAGUUGGACAGAGACAGCCCCCCCCCCCCCCCCCCUCCACGCUCAUGCAAGUUUGAAACGUCUGUGGAAUAUUUGGGAUUGAUUUCAAGAAUGAUAUGAGAAAACCUUAGUGCCUUAACAGAAAGGGAAAUAUGUGAGAGGAGGCCUGUUGAUUCAUUCUUGUUACUCUGCAGUUCGGAUGCGUUUCGGACCGACCUGCUGCUCUCUCUGUCUCUGUCUCGCUCGCUCUCUCUCAGCUAUGGAGGUGGAUAGAAUGUCUGAAAUGAAGAAACCUGUACAUAAUGAUAUGGAUUCCCCCACUCAAGACAAAAGUGGUUAAUUGGAUAUUAGUGCUUGAGAAAAGCGCAACCAUGCAUACAGAGGACAUUUUGAUUAUCAUUUUUUUGCAACUGGAAUCAAGCUAUCAAGUUACCAAGACAACCUUCCUGAAUCAAGAGAAAGUAUUUAUUAAUCUUCCAUUGUUGAAAAUAUGACUAUGAUUGUUAAAUAAAGAUAUGGAUAUAGAGUAGAACUGAAACAAAAAAAAAUCUUAUAUCUUCGUUUUUUAAUAUACUUUUGUAUUUCCUUCUCUUUUGUUGAGUUAGUAGUUGUUACCAGUGAUCGUAAAUCUGCACGUUUUUCCACUGAUAGCUCUUACUGUAUCUGACUGAAACUCUUGGUUUUAAACAGGGUAUCAAAGACUGCGACAUCCUAUGUCGGUCAGUUUUUGUUUUUAAUUAUUAACUCAAUUCGCAAAUAAUUCAAUCCUACAGAUUAAAUUAAAAUACUCUUCACUUUAUGGUACUAUUUUUUAAGAAAUUGGUAGAAGUGUUUUUUUUAGGCGAGGAUAAACAAGAGAGAACAUGUCCGCAAAAUCUUUGACACAUGUACAACAGCUAGCUAAGUACUGUUUGAAUGAAUGGCACCCACAAUUGUUUUACAGAUGCAUAUUUUUGUUACAAUACAAAACUGCAAAAGAAGACUGCUGCAAUAUUAUCUGGCUGCAACAAAGACUACCUAACUGGUAGAAACAGUAUACAUUUACUGAUGCAUUUGAUAUUCAUAUAAAAUUUGACAAAAAUGAAAUGAAAAGGCUCAAUGAGGUCAACAUAAAUUAAUGUAAUGUUGCUAUAUGGACAAACAGAUGCGGAAUUGAUAAAUUGCCCCUAAUAAGUUUUUGGUUGAUAAAAGAGUAAUGGCUGUUCCUACAACCAACUGUAGACUGUCAUAAAACAAAAUGAGUCAAUGUAGCUUCAAUUGAGAAUAAUCUUAAAAGAGUGAUUUAUGCCAAGAGUUAUGUUUCAGUGACGUGAAAAAAUCCAUAUGUAGGUAGAAAACAACCUUUCACUGGUUUCAAGACAUAAUGACCUUAUAUGACAAAUCACUGUUGAUUUUGGUUUGACUCAACACGCAACAAAAAGUGGAAUACAAAUGUGCCCUUGUAUUUUUACUCAAAACAUGUCAAAAGCUCUACAGUACAUGUUCCUGACUUUCAACUUUUGAAGUAGAAAUAAGACUUUCCCAUUCAAUACACAGAUCAUACUGUAUGUCUCCCUCUCCUCCAGCAGGGGUGUGAAUGGCGCCUCGCUCAGCAGAACUCUCAGUGGAUCCAUUUUAGGGCCAGACAAAUUCCUCGAGCUCUCUGGGGAAUGUCAAUUUCGGUGGAAUGAAUCUGAAGGUCAUUGUGAAACUGCCGUUUUAAAGUGCAUUUCAGUUUCACCAUCAGGGUUGUUCAGCUGAAACAGGGCCUGGUAGUUUUUUUCUGGACUUAUUUAUUUAAAAAAAUAUCAUGUUUAUUAUUAACAUUGUUUUCCUAUUUUUUGUUUGGAUAUUUGUAUUUCUUUGGUUGGUUGUUUUAUUCUUGAUACAGUUUUAAAUGAUAUUAUUUCAAUAUUUGAAAUAAAUUGUUCUGUUGAUAUGUGAAUUUUGGAAUAAUUGCCCAUCUUAGAAUAUUUGAAGGAAAUCUACACAUUGUUGUUGGUGUGUCGUUGUAUCACAGUGUUUUUGUGGUAUGUGCCAGAGUUUGCAGCAAGAGUUUUAGCUCCAUCUAGCCAUUUGCUGUGAAGGUACAUAUAACCAUUUUGAAAAUGUGAUAUUAAAUAACCCCUAAUAUUUGAAUAAUAUUUAGACAUUUGUUGUUAUAUUGACAUUAAAAAAAAUUGGCAGUGGUAUUCCUCACUUAAAUUCUUUCACCUCAUGAUUCAGGGAGGUUCGAUAAAAGCUAGUAGCCUACCGUUAUUCAGAAAUAUAAAUCGCCUUAGCCUACUUUCCUUUUUUUUUUUAAAUUGAACUUGUAUGAAGAUUUCCACUAUAUUACUUCAUGCUGGAAUAAUAAACAAAACGUUUAUUAAAAUGUGUUUUACAGUUUGUA